AUGCAGCCUGGAUGUUUCCAGUGCUUUGAAAGCGUGUGGAUGGGUCUCAGAAGCUCCAAAUCGCGCAGAAAUCGCGAUUACCAGAAAAACGAUGGUCCUGUUGGCGUUGUGAAUGCUCACCAAGUUAUCGAGUUCGAGUCCGUGCACAGGGAUGCAGUGACCUGUCUCUCUGCAUACUCCCCUGGAUUUUGUGUGUCCGGCAGCGCAGACAGAACUGUUGCAUUGUUUAAUCUGCGUUCAGGUGUGGUCUGCCAGAGGUGGGUCGGACAUGAAAAAGAAGUCACAAAGGUUGUGCCAUCACACUCGGAAGAGCUUGUAUACAGUGCAUCUAGAGACAAGACAAUACGGGUGUGGCGGAUAGGUGAUGCCUCCCAUGAGGCCGUUGCAGCUUAUGAGGGACAUAGUCUCGUCGUCACUAGUAUUGACCUUAACAUGGCACAAACAUUGCUAUUUUCUGGGUCAAGAGACAACACAGUUAAAUUAUGGGAUGUCGCAACUGGAACCUGUGUUCUUGAAAACGAAAUUUCAAGGAAUCUGGUGUCCUGUGUAAAAUGGGUCCCUGAUACCUCCUUGGUGGCUCAGACUGGGGAAGACAAGACUCUAAGGGUGUGGGACACCAGAAAUAUGGAUGUAGCUAUCACCUUCCCACGGAAGAAUUAUAUCCAGACAUGCUGUGACUGUUCACCAGAUGGCCUUUAUGUUCUCACCAGCAACAAUGGCUUCAAUAGAAACGGAUGUGAGGCAACUUUAUGGGAUCUCCGACAGCAAAAGGAGCUGCACCAGUAUGUGGGCCACACCCAGACGACUUCAGCUUGCAUGUUCUUGCCGUAUGAUUCCAUGGUUUCAUCUAAGCCUUUAGUUGUCACUGCUUCACAUGAUUCAAGUGUUCGCAUCUGGAAUAGAGACACCCAGGAAUGUGUCCUCGUUGAGGAGUUUCCAGGAUCUGGCCCUUUGACUGAUUUAGCACAUUUUGAUGGUGAAAGCUUUUGCAUAUCCAGCUUCCAUGUUGGCAUCUACCACAUGUCAUUGAAAAGCACAUCUAAUGGCCUCCACCUGAAGCGGAUGACCCACUUUUGAGCUGUGCCACACCCAUGCAACAUGUAGUAUACCCAUAUUAGUCAUAUGCCAUGCUAAUUGGUUUUUCACACGUCAUUCAACUUGGUGUCGAAUGACCAAAUGUCACGCAACCUGGUGUUGUAUCCCCAUGUCAUGCAAACUGGUGUCGUAUGACCACAUGUCACGCAACCUGGUGUCGUAUUCCCCAUGUCAUGCAAACUGGUGUUGUAUGACCACUUGCCGCGCAACCUGGUGUCAUAUGACCAGAUAUCACCAGAUGGAUGGCCUAGUUCAAGGACAGCAGCUGAAGAGAAAUUAUUUUUUACCCAUGGCAUCAUACCUUAUCAUUUACUUUUUCACCUACUGUACUGCUUACUAGGCUAGAUAGAAAACCAAUUAUUUCCCUAAACUUUAUUUUAUAUGUUUUAGUGAUUUUCGAAUUUCAAAUUGAACAAACUUCAAAUUGAACAAACAUAUUCAUGCCAUUCUACUCUGCAAAGUGUGGCUGCAAUUUUAAGGAGCUACCUAAAGUUCAGAGUAGCAAGUUUAUCUUGUUUUUAUCACGAACUGUGAGCCAUCAUUUUUAUGCAAGUAUUUAUUUAUUAUCAAAUCCAAUUGACGUUUUUAAAAUUUAUCGUUAUCUAUUUUAGAGUAGCGGUAGAUAGCACAUUAUUAUUCUCAUUAUAUUAUAUGAAAGAGUAGAUAGUAUUAAAAAUUGCCGGUUCA